AUGUCCACCGCAGAUGAAGUGGAAGCGGAGGCUGAGCAAUGCCCAGCAAGAGCGUUGCUGUCGUUAGCGGCCAACGAUCCACGCCUAGAAUUUAUCAGCUCGUUCACAUUGAGCUCGUUGCGUCUGAAGCAGGACAAAUGGCAUAGAAUGAUGGCCACCGAAUCGUAUCGGGUCAUUAUGUUUGAUUGGCUAUAUAGCGCACGGCAGCGCCUCCUGGUUAUGACGCUCAAUCAUAGCGGAUAUUUAGUACCGAAAAUUGCGCUCACUGAUUUGCACCACAAUUAUGCGCUACAGCAAACGUUGAGCUCAACAACAGCUACAACAACAACAAUAGCAGUAACAACCGCCACACCACAACCUAUAAAAGAAGCACGCACAGCACCAGCCGAUCCAUUGCAAACGACAACAGCAGCAGCAACAGCAGCAGUUGCAACAGCAGAGCCAGCAGCAAAAUCGAAUAAUGUUGGCCAAACAACAACUACUACAACCAGCAAUACAACGGGUUCGACCGCCGUCAUGGCAUCCGCAGCUGCAAUUACAGCUGCUGCAGUGUUGAUGCUGCCAAUGCCGCCGCCUUCCAGCAGCUUCUCUACGCUCGAUGGCGUACCGCGUGGCAAAUGCGUUUACUUUGUGCGCCGAAGCGCGAAUACAACGCUGACCGCAGCUAAUUUUCGUACGCAAAUACUUUGCGGCGAUUUGCCUGUGCACAGCAAAAUAGAAACUUUAUCGCUACUUUUCGAUGAAGUCUUUCAGCCGCUACUCGAAUGUUCACUCAAUCGGAACUCAUGGCCGAAACCGGUGCAGAAGGAUUUGCAGAUACGCAUUAAGGAGGUGCGCAACACGUUAAUUGAGAUUAAGGGAAAAACGAACAAUCGCACAAUCUUGUCAUUAUUAGUUGCACCAACUGUCAUCGAAGAAGUGGCAUCACAUGUUAAUCAAGGUAACUUGGCUCCGGCCAUUGAACCAAAAUUCCUUGCGGCGCUCGAAGAAAUGUACAUCAAUUGGACAACGCAGAUACAUGAAAUUCUCAGCGAGCGCUCGGAGUUCAGCACCGGCUAUCAAUCAAGAAAUACCAGCCAGCAAACCAAAAGUGUAGUGACGGUAACACUGCCGGCCCAUGAGAUCGCCUACUGGUCCAACCGCAAACAAAAUUUGCAAAAUAUUUACGAACAAUUGCGCACAACAACGCACAAGUCACUCACACACAUUCUCAAGAGUAUCGACUCAGCCUACUAUGAGCCAUUUGUGAAGGUCUUCAAGCGUUUGGUAUGCGCCUGGCACGAGGCCGAGGACAAUACGCUCUGGCUGCAGCCACUAUUGCGGCAAACGGCCGCCUUUAACGCUGUCAACUUCCAUGCAGCCGCUGAGCUGGUGAGUCCACUAGUACAUGUGCUACAUCUCAUUUGGACGCAUGCGCGCUAUUAUCGUAGCACACAACGCAUGACGGUACUGUUGCGUUGCGUUUGUCAGCUGCUGGUGCGGCGCGCAAGUGAAGAUUUGGAAUUUCCAUUGCUAUUUCAGGGUGACGCCGAUGAGGGUCUGAGCAAAAUAACUAAAUCUGUUGAGGUUUUGGAGCUGUUCAAAUACAAACUAUUGGAAUAUAAGGAAAAGUAUACCAGCGCUCAUCAAUUGCUACCUGCUUUGCCGAGCACUUCUCGUGCUGCGAUUGAGGUUGCAGCGUCUUCUGAGUCGGUCGAUAAUGGUAGUGUAGCACACGAGCUGUGGCGCUUUUCACCUGAAGAUGUCUUUGAAUGUACAGUUAAUGGAUUUGUGACGCAACUUGGCGAUAUGCGUAAACUUUUUGACGCAGCGGUCUCAUUUCAGAAUCUUGAAAAAAUUGAAUUUGGCGGCUUGCGCGGCAAACAGCUAAAUGAGCGCGUUCGGCAGGUGUACACACAAUUCAAGGAGCUCUUUGAACAAUGGACUUUAACCGAAUUUGAGGCACCCCAGUUGGAUGCCCAGCAGCCAAACAACAGCAACAGCAAAUGGUCGCACUUCAAACGACAGUUACGUAACUUUUUCGAGCAAAUACAUGCUUUGGAGCAGAAAUUGGCAACGAUAUUCGUGCAGGCGUACAAAGACUGCCAAAACUGGGAGCAAUUAACAAAGCUAACUGUAAUGCUUGGCAGUGGCAUACUCGAACGUCGCACUAUUCCACCGGAGCUACGUGUCAUUGAUUCGCAUCUACUUCAUAUCUAUAGCGAGGAGCUACACCAGUUGGAAAGUUCGGUACUUGAAACGCUGCUGGAAUUCGAAUAUCGCGGUGUAUCUGCAGUACCUAUACAACAGGGAUUCCCGCCCACUGCCGGUGCUCUAAUGUGGCUGGAACAGCAUAUGCAACGCAUAGACACGUUGGCAUCUCGUGAAGUGCAUCAGUUCAUGAAGAAAAU